CUCCGUCGAUACAGAAGGAAGACGAGGAAGAGAAGGAGGCGGAGGCAGAUCGCGGAGAAGCGGGGAGAGCAUCUCUUCUUCCCUCGUUUGUCAGGUCCUGACUGGAAGCGGAGGGAGGCAGCGGGACGGAGGAGAGGAUGGAGGGGGAGACGCAGUUUCUUUGUGGCGUGGUGGAAGGUUUCUAUGGGAGGCCAUGGUCUAUGGACCAGAGGAAGGUUCUCUUCCAGUGGAUGCAGUGCUGGGGGCUGAACACUUACUUGUAUGGCCCAAAAGAUGACCUCAAACACAGACUUUUGUGGAGGGAAGUCUAUUCUCCCGAGGAGGAGGCUCAGUUGCGUACUCUCAUAGCGGAGGCUCAGUCGAGAGGCCUGAGGUUUGUUUACGCCCUCUCCCCUGGUCAGGACAUCGUCUUCUCUUCUUCCUGUGACCUGACAUUGCUCAAGCGCAAGCUCAGACAGGUAUCAGACCUGGGUUGUCAGGCGUUUGCCAUACUGUUUGAUGACAUUGAUCAUUCCAUGUGUCAGGCCGACAGCGAGGCCUUCUCCUCAUUCGCCCACGCUCAGGUCACAGUAACCAAUGAGAUCUACCGGUUCCUGGGGGAACCACCCGUCUUCCUCUUUUGCCCAACAGAGUACUGUGGUUCUUUGUGCUCUCCCAGCGUGUCUAAGUCUCCAUACCUGCAGACUGUUGGGGAGGACCUACUACCCAACAUAACAGUAAUAUGGACAGGCAGCAAGGUCAUCUCCAGGAAGCUUUCUGUAGAGUGCCUCGCUGAGGUGGGGUCUGUCCUCCAGCGGCCGCCGCUCAUAUGGGACAACCUGCACGCCAACGACUACGACUCCAGACGUCUCUUCCUGGGGCCCUUCAAGGGGCGAGAGCCUCAGCUGAGGAGCCACCUCAGGGGCCUGUUACUCAACCCUAACUGCGAGUUUGAGGCCAACUACAUCCCACUGCACACACUAGGGAGCUGGUACAGAACUGGAGAAGAGGGUAAAGAUGAUGAGUGUGAGUACUGUCCUGACAAAGCUCUGUCUGCUGCACUACAUGACUGGAUGGACGAACUCAACCAGCCGUUACAAGCAGGUCGUCAGAGCACACGAGGAGACCAGCGCUCGUCCGCUCCGUCGUCGCGCUGCAAACCGGCCGAUGCAGCCGACAGCCCCUCCGCCCUAAGGGGGACCUGCGCUGUGGCCAAGCUCCCCGUCUUCCCCUUGAAUUCCAGUUCACCCCCUCCGUCACCCACUAAGGUAAAAGGGGAGAGGUCACACCAGCCCAAUCAGCUCAGCCACCAAACUCCAGGGACGCGACCUGGGCUGCCUUCAGGUGGAGGGCGGGGGCAGAAAGCCCCGGGUCGGGGGUCCUGUAGUGGGAAAGGCCUGCUCAGCGAGUCCCAGGUGCGCCUGCUGGUCGGUCUUCAUUUUCUGCCCCAUGAACACGGCCCGGCUGCUCAGAAGCUCUUACAGGAUCUGACCUGGCUGAAAAGCAACUGCCACCUGGUCGGCACCAGCAACAAAAAGUCACCACCCCAGAAGGUUGACGAGUGGCGAGGUCGGUCCUCCAGGUUCCUGUCUCUGUGUGAAGACAUAGCCCAGCUCCACUGCAGUGUGGUCGGCGGAGCCAACAGGGCUGUGCUCUAUGACCUUUACCCUUAUGUGUGGGACCUGAGGAACAUGGCUCUGGUGGCUAAGGCCUUCAUAUGUUGGCUAGAUGGACGAGUGUUGAGUGACAGCUCCACCUUGGCUUCCUGGAGGAACUGCUUUCAUUGGUGCGGAAAGACGACUGGAGCCGACCUGCUGGGAGUGGAUUCAGAGCCGUGGGUGUUCAAAGGGGGCGUGUCUGGAGAGGUGCAGAUGAUUCUCCCAGUUGGCAACAGCAGUGAGCUCUUCACUCAUCCUCCUCCUCUAUUUCCCACUUCUCGUCUGUACAACAUCAGGCCCUAUCACAGCAAGGACAAGGCUGAGUUGUAUCGAAUGGUUCGCCAACUUCACCUGAGAACUCAGGGUGGCCAGGGGUCCAGCGCCGCUCACCCAGAUGUCGUAGGAGACAGGUGUCUCGGGCCGUGCCUGGCGCUGUGCCCUGAGUACAGUUUCGUCCUGGAGGAUGAGCUGGGCGUGUGCGGGUGCGUGUUGGGCGUCUUGGAUGUUCGCACCUUUGCAAAGCGUUGCCAGGCCAGCUGGAUGCCGGCCAUGAGGGACAAAUACCCACCCAGAGGAGGGAACGCACACCCGAACACGCAGGACUUGCUCCAGCUGAUGGAGGAGGACCAGGGGGAGUACCCGGACUCCCUGCUCUACCACUUCCCCUCCCAGCUGCGACUGGACGCUCUGCCUGAGCUGGUGGACAUCAGCGUGAGCCGCAUCCUGCUCACAGCCCUCCUCACGGCGCUCAAGGCCAAUGGUUCUCAGGGUGUGUUCUGCGAGGUGCAGCCAACAGACCGGCAAAGGCUGGAGUUCCUGACCAAACUGGGCUUCCUGGAGAUCCUCCGAGGAGAAGCCAGGAGCAGAGAGGGAGUGGUGCUGGGGAGGCUGCUCUGAGCACACGCAUGCACACACACGCACACACACAACACCAAAAACACGUGAAGCUAUACAACAGAUACACAAAGGCACAGGAUAUCCACAGAAAGAGGCGAGAACACAGUGUGUACAGCGUAGAGGCAUCUCGGCUUUGCAGAGAAGCAGGAUCUGUAUUCUCUCCAUCAGGGGAGAAACCCGUUGGUAGGAAACAAUCCCGGGUUGUGUGUGGCAGUAAUGGGGAUUUAGAAAAUAUAAAAUGAGCUUUGAAUUUAAACCUUCUGUGGAGCUAUGCUAAUCUUUCCCUGCUUCUCCUCUGCCUGUCUGGGGAUUAUGAGCUUUAGUUUCAGGAAAGGCAAAAGCAGAAUGGUGUGAGGUGGGAGAAGAGCGUCAGAUCACAGCAGCACCCGGGUUUGUGUGUGCCACCUUCAGUUUUAAAGAGCUAUAAUUAAUAGAUCACAUGGUCCUGUCCAAAAUGUCCUAUAAAUAGUCUAGUCUAGCUCUGUGCACCAUUUACAGCAUUUUAGCUUAUUUGUCUGCCUGUCACUGCUGUGCUCAGCGUUGUGUAAAGUCUGUUUUGAGGUAAAAACUCUGGAUAGUCAGACUCGACUUUGCAAUUUUACAAGCUUCAGCUUUCUUUUUAAAGUGAAUUCUUUCCUUCUGUGUAUAGAAAACCUGGAGCUAAAGCUUCACAGGGAGCAAAGGGGACCAGUCUACAGACCACCGAUUUAUUUUCUACCUGAAACUAGUUUUCACUUACUGUAGUUUUCUCUUGAAAGACACGUUUAGUGACAUUUGUUUGUGCUAAGCUACAAGGUGCUUUGUGUAAAAUAAUGUUCUCCUUUAUGACUGUGGUUGGACUGCAGUGAUCUUGCGCUCUGCUCCCUUUGCCUUGAUAAGAUUUUUUUUCUGAACAGUUACAGUAGAGUUGAUCUUGUCCUGUUCCUCUGGGGUAACAGCGUCUGCCCUUGUCAGACCGAACCCAGGCAUGACGUCACUGUUUACACUCGUUUAGCUUAGGUGAAUGUUUACGUGCAUGAGGAACAAACCGUCGUGUGGCUGUUCACAGAGUAGGACUGCAUACAUGUAUUGACUUGAACACAAACAAUUAUAAUUUCAAUGUAACAGCAUCGCUGCUGCUGGUUUUAUUGGGCUUUUCCCAACCUGCAUAGCGAUAAUAUCUUAGCAGUAAUAAUGAUACAAAAUGCAAGUGCAUGCGCGCUACAGCACAUCCAUCGGACACACAACACAUACUGCAAAUCAUAGAUACUGUACGUCUGGUUCCUGUGCAUGAAAAUAACCAAGUGCCAGGAGAUAACCACACACACUUAAAGUUUACACUUGGUUCGUUUGGACAUGCAAUGCUGUCACAUUAAAUACCUCUCCCUCACUCCACAUCUUUUACACUGUUGCCUGAUACUGUGAACAUCACAGUAUCAUGUGUAUCACAUGUGUGUGACAGCCGUGUCAUUCUGCUUUCAUUCUGAACCACACACACACACACACACACACACACACACACACACACACACACACACACACACACACACACACACACACACACACACACAGUAAAAAAAGCACAACGUCACUCAUGUCCAUCGCUGACUGAAAGUACUUAAAGUAGAUCUAAGAAUGUUCAUUUUUUGUAAAAAUACACAACUACUGUUUCUACUUUUGAUUUUUCUUUUUUUAUUAUUAUGCUAGAUAAUCACAGACCGAACGGCGCUUUUGUACAUUUCUCUUGGUUACUGAUGUCGUCACCAUUGUCUGUGAACACUUCAUGAUGCAAGACUUUGACAUCUACGUAGACUAAACCCAGAGAGAAAUGCAUGAUAUGAAGACAUUUGUUACACAAUAUCUCAAAGGGUCACUUCACAACUACUAAGAAAAGAUCAUUGUUGCAGCGAGACCAUUAUAAAAUGUUGGCAUUUAGGAACAUUUUUAUUUUGACAUUUAACAUCUGGUAAUCAUUAUUUUGCAGACUGACCAUUGCCUCCAUUUCACAAGCAUUAACUAUUAACUGUUAAGUCACCAUUUGCCUGCAUUGAGGUACAUGUACUUUUUUUUACACUGACUUCAAGUGGAGUGCUAUGUAGUGCAGUACGUCUAUGCAGGAUAAUAAAGGGAUUAAAAUAAUUCCUUAAAACUUCAGUCUGUGUUUUUAUGUUUUACUGAUGAAAGUAAAACUGUAAUUUAUAAGAAAACUGGUUUUAAUGAACUGACUAAUUGAUUUCAUGCUAAUUAAAAGAUGUUUUCUUUCCCUUUAA